AUCCGUCACCUUUGCGAGUCCCCGGCCAACUGACUGCGAGUUUCGAGACGCGCUAAUAACAACCCACUACUUGCGCAAAUCAAAUGCGCAGUACAUUUCAAAGGAGAUUUUUUCGUCACGAGUCAGACACAAUCCAGCGACUAAAACGGUGGCAUCGUUCAAUGUCGCGAAGUCGUCGACUGUCUUGAACGAGUGGACGGUCGUGCGAACUCGCUGCCUUUCGACCGGUAGGAACAUGAAAUCGAAACCCGACCACUUCUCCGGGAACGCCGCAAAUUUCUCCACGUGUCGCAGACGUCGAAAUCUGGAUCCAGUUCACUGUAUAACCGCGACGACGAGCCAUCGACCACGAUAAUGAAUCAAUUAACGACAUCGCACCAACCAUCAGAAAACGAAGAUACCAUCAACGUUACAGAAAAAAGUGCGAUGUCAAGUGCAGGGAUCAAGAGUGCUUCCGCGAGUCAAAAACUUAAAAAUCUGAACAGCCAUUCAGGACGCAACUCAGUUCAUGGAGAGACCACGAGCAACACCACGGAAGAUGUUUCUAUAAAUAAUAAAUCGCAGACCAAUACCGUUCGACGUCCAGGAAAAUCAUCAAUUAGCCCAACUAUGCACAAGAGGCCUACGACUAAUCUGCCUGCUGGAUCUACACUUAGGCCCGAAAAUCAAUACGCGAUGAAGAAGAAACGUUAUUUAUUGUUGAAGAAAGAAUUGACAGAUAAGCAGAAAGCCGCGCAAGAACUCUACACCGAGUUGUCUCAACUACGCGAGAAGCUAAUCACCACUGGCGCAAGAGAUCCAGGAAAACCGGAAGUUCUAAAGCUCGAGAUUGGACCUCCUAAGGCCUCCUUUCCACCAGAACCGAUUUGUAAUGAAUCAGUGGAGACCCACAUAGAAAAACUUUCUGCUGGAAACGAGUUGUUAGAAUGUUUGGAAGAUCGGUUGCGUGAGAUCCCGCAGAGAUUAAGGAACAUCUGUAAAGAAUUAUUGGAUAAACAGUCGAAUUUCACCAGUUUCAUUACCUCUCAUCUGAUCGAAGCCAGCGAGAAUACAGAGGCGAAUCCCGAAGAAGUGACAAUACAAUUGGAGGUACACCAGAGAGAUUACGAUAAUAUUAGAUCACGUUUAAACGAGAUUCAAGAGUUGGAGGAGAAAUCGAUCGCAGAGCUCAGGAACAACGUGCAGAGCAUGAUCGACGAAUAUGAGCAUUCCAGAACGAAAUUAAAGGAAUUAAACACGAUAGAAGCUCAAAAGGAGUUGCAAAUACAUUUGAAUGCGGCAAUGGAGGAGCUUCAAGCGGAAAAAGACAAGAAUAAUCAAGGGAAAGAUCGUCUUCGACAAACUGAGACACAUUUGCAGAAGGCGCGUACGAAAAUUAGAGAUUUGGAAACGAGUAUGGCUGCGGAUAAAGAUAAGAUACAACAACUUCAAUGCAAUGUGAAGAGUUUAGAAGGCCAGAUGAAACAGAAGGAUAUGGCAAUAGAUGCUAGAUUAAAGGAUAUGCAAAAGACGAUGAAAAACAGUGAGGAUCUAGUUUCCAAGGUGGAAAAACAGAGAGACAGUUUUGAAGCAAGACUAGUGGAACUGAAGGAGAAAAUGAACAGUAAGGAAAACGAAUCGAUGAGUACCAUCAAGGAGAUGUCUGAGAGAUUGAAAGCGAUCACUGCUGAUCUUGGCGUUGAAAAAGAGAAAAGACAGCAAGUAGAAGAUGCAUUCGUCGAAUUAGAUGAAAGGUAUAGAAAUCUCGAAGAGAAGAGCAAACAACUAUGUGAGCUUGCGGAGAAAAAUAAAGAUAUUACUAUCACAGAAGGUAAUCAUACAGAGAACGAAGUACGCUUGUUCAACGAAUUGCAGCAAACCAGGAACGAACUAGAAGCUGAGAGACAAACAAAAUUGCAGUUACAACAGGAGAAAGAAGAGAUCAUCGCAGUGAUGCAUCAAGCGGCCUGUCGCGAGGAGGAUGAAGACUCGAGGGAAAAGUUGGCUGCCGAAUUGGUGUUCAAAUCCAACGAAUUACAAAAGCUGAUGAUGCAGUACACAGGACUGAAAAAGGUUGCAAAAAAUGCCCAAGAAAAAAAUGGGAUGUUAGAAAGACAAUUGAUGGAAAUUCAAGAGCGACUACAUUCUCAGUCCAUGGAGGGUGGAAAAGCUGGGUUGAGCGCUCACGCGAUUGAGCUUCAACAACAGGUCUCUGAUCUUCGCAAUAAUUUAGCAGAAAUAAUUCGACAAAAGGAAGAGUUAGAAACUGCGCUCACUCAAAAACAAUUAGAAUUGGAACAACGCGAUCGUGUGAUGCGUGAACAGAGCAAGUUCCUUAAAGUCAGAGAUGAGUUGCUUGAUAUUUUGAAAGGAAAAGUACAGCAAGAAAACGGAGAAUUGUCGAAUAGCGAUGAAAACAAUGAAUAUCUCGAACAGAUCCACAAACAGAUAGCUGCCAAGACUGAAGCAAUCCAAGAGUUAUACACAACUUUAGAGAAUAAGCAAUUGCAAAUCAUGCGUUUAGAGAAAAUGGUGAAGUUGAUGGAGGAUCAUCAAGAUCGAGCCCAAGCUCAACGCACGCGUUUAGAAAAUCGUAUUGCUCAACUUGAGCUAGCCCUACAAAGGAAUAAGGAACAGCGAGACUAUAUACAGCGACAGACAUCCUCUGAUGAGGAGCAACCUUAUAUUUGUGAACGUUGCCGCCAAGAAACAUCUGUAGAGAAAGACAAAGAUGAAUGGUCAAAUAAAAAUGAUUCCACUGACAAUACUAAUGAAUCUUUGUCUAAUUGGUUAACAAACAUGUCUAGUGUGGAAAUAACCCAGGAUGCAUUGAAUAAUCAGGAUUUACAAAACAAUAAUUAUUUUUAUGACUUACCUGCGACAGAUAGAAAUAGAAGGUAUACUUACGGGGUGCACAAUCCAUACAGAGAAUUCAAUAUGGAAGAUAGUAGCAGGGAGUCGCUAAAUCCUUAUCAGAGAGAAUAUCAUCAACAUCAUUACCGUGUUCGAUCGCCAGUCGCACAUAAGACCAUGCCUUAUAGUGUCGCUUUAUAA